AUGCACAUAUGGGCCCGCGAGGGCCGUGCUGCUCUUUCCUUUGCAGAAGCAUCUUCGUUAGCUCAGCUAGCCACAGCAGCCGCAGCAGCAGCAGGAGUGUCUCUGGCCCACAAGCACGGCUACCUGCCUUUCCCGGGGGCCCCCCCUGCCUCUCAGGGGGCCCUGGGGGCCCCCCCCGCCUCCGAGGUCCCCCUGGGGGCCCCCCUGGGGGCCCCCCUGGCUGCUGGGGGCCCCCCGGGGGCCCCUUCGGGGGCCCCUCAGGGGGCCCCCCAGGGGGCCCCCAUGGGGGAGUGGGGAGGCGAAGUGGACGGGGGGGCCCUGCAGCUGCUGGGGGGCCUUUUAGUACCCUUAUUGGUGCUCAGUUUUUUUGCUGCUGGGGCCCUGCGGCUGCGGAGGGGGCCCCCCCGUGUUGCUUAUCUGCAGCUAGUUGUGGGGGGGUUUUUGUUUACCAUAGGGUGCUUUUUGCUGCUGGGGGGCCCCCCAGCAGCAGCGGGCCAAGAGGAGCAGCAGUGGAGGCCCCUCCUGUGGCUGUGGGACUUUCUGCAGCAGCAGCAGCACCUCCAGCUGCUGCUGCUGCUGCUCCUCACCUCUGCAGCAGGCCUCCUCCUCGCCUUCGGCCUCGCCCGCAUCACCAGCACCACCAACAGCAGCAGCAGCAGCAGCAGCGGCAGCAGCAGCAGCAGCAGCAGCAGCAGCAGCAGCGAGGAGGCUGCUGCUGCAGCGGGGCGGCUCUGCAGGCUGCGGAAAGUGUUCCAUUUGCUGCUGGUGGGGAAUGUGGCAAUUGUGUCUUUGUGGGGAUCUUUUUCUUUUUUAAUUUUGUGUCUUGGAGUUCUUUUGUGGCUGCUGGCAGCAGCAGAAGUGCUGCGGCUCUCCGGUGUCUUCCCCCUCUUUUCCCGUGCUGCUGCUGCAGCAUAUGGGCCCUUUGUGGGGCCCCGAGACACCACUGGUCUGGUCCUCACGCCGCUGCUGCUGGUCCUCGGCGUUGCUGCUCCUUUGCUGCUGCCUGCUGCAGCAGCAGGGGCCCCCGGGGGCCCCCCGGCGCUCCUCGGCCUCGUCUUCGCCGGCUGCGGCGACGCUGCUGCUGCUGCUCUCGGCAGCUGCUGCAGCAGGGGGGCCCCCAGCAGCAGCAGCAAAACCAGCGCGGCCCCUCAAGCCAGCCCCGGCAGCCCUGCUGCUGCCUCCAAGGGCCCCCACGGGGCCCCUGACAGCAGCACCAGCAGCAGCACCAGCACCAGCAGCAGCGGAGGCCCCCAGGGGGCCCCCGAAAGCAACAGCACCAGCAGCAGCGGAGGCCCCGAGGGGGCCCCCAAAAGCAGCAGCAGUAGCGGAGGCCCCGAGGGGGCCCCCGAAAGCAACAGCAGCAGCAGCAGCAGCAGCAGCAGCAGGGGCCCCCUGGCAGCUGUUCGGGGGCUGCUGGCCCCUGAAAAGAGCUUCGCUGGUUUUGCAGGUUUUGUCUUUUGCAGUUUUGUUUGUGGAGGACUUCUUUUCAAUUUGCUGCAAAUGACCUCCAGUGUGAAUGCUGCUGCCUUCGCCGUUGCUGUCUUCGCCGCCGGGCUUUUCGAGGCCAGCACGAGGGACAUCGACAACUUCAACGUGGCCAUGAUUGGCUGCGUCUACUACCAGCUGGUGGCCGGCUUCAUGGCCUAG